AUGGAUGAAGAUAGAAUAGGGCUAGUGUUGGCAAGAACCUCAGAGUUGAGGUCCAAGAUCAUCAAUUGCAUUCACAAAGCUUCUGCUAAUGUGGAAAAAGGAGUGAAAGAAAAUGAUAACCCGGAUGCAGAAAAUCAAGAAAACGAGGAUGAAGAAACAGAGAAUCUUCUCGAUAUUCGAGAUGCCCUUGAAUCCCUCGAAGCUCAACUAUCUUCUUUGCAGGCACUUCAGCAGCAGCAAUGGUAUGAGAAAGAAGCAGCCUUAGCCGAGAUCGAGUACAGCCAGAAAAAGUUACUCAAAGAGCUAAAGGAAUAUAAAGGCACGGACUUGGACGUUAUACAUGAGGCUAUUUCAUUUGCUAGUGAAACAGAGGACAGCAACGAUCUCCUCCUUCCGCCAUAUCCAAGCCGGCCUUCUCAUUCCCUAGUUUCAGACAAUGGCUAUCUCUCAUCCUUCCUCUCCACUCACAAGUUUUCUCAAAACGAGUCAAUAAGGGGUGGGCCAAAAGAUUUCUACAAAUCAGAUAGAACCCAGACGCAUAAUGAGUCAAGGAGUCCAUUUAAAGGGGCAAGAGUAUUAGUUGGUACAGCAGCCAAAGCAGCACUUACUAUCAUCGGAGUGAUCUCUAUCUUGCGUCUGGCUGGUUUUGAGCCAAGUGUAAGAAAAAGGGGUAAUCAUUUUAAGAUUUUGGACUUAUUUCAACUUCAUCGGAACAAUGAUAAGGAUACAGCCUUAGAAUGUCCACCUGGGAAGGUCCCAGUGUUGGAAAAUGGUGAAAUGAGGUGUGUUGUUAAAGAGAGGGUCGAAAUUCCAUUCGAGGCCAGUGUCUCAACACCCGAUGUGAAUUAUGGUUGUGGAUGA